UUUCUGAAGGAUUGGUAAUCUUUUAUAUUGGAAAAUGAUGACGUCACAUGAAAACCGGCAAUUGAUUGCGUGACUUGCACCGAUUGAAUCGCGAGGUCAUUCAUGCACAUUUAGGGGUGUGCGUCAUAAAUAAAUGCGGAACUUCUAAGAACUCGUGCGCUUAACGAAUUCAGCUCAGCAAGCUUCAGCGUUUUCUCUUCAAGUGAAUCUCUCACAAGUUAAAAUGAAAUUCAAGUUGUCCUUCGUUUUCUUAUUCUUCUACCUGUUACAUUGUUCUUCUGGGAAUGUAACAGAAGAGCCAGACGAGUUUUGUGACGAGGGUCCCCCUGGAAGGUAUUGUUUGCAAGAUUUAACAGGCUGGCAUGAUUGUCACGUGGAUCCGUCGACUGGCAAAGUGGUGGACAAGAUUUACUCAUGUCCUGCCAACACUCGAUGUGCUUGUUUUUACGGUCCCCCGUGCCCAGGCUCACUCGAUGACCCCUGCCAGCCCUUCGAGCUGCCCCCUACUAUCCCGACUGUAUAUACCCUGUACUAUAACGGCAAGGUGACGAACUGCUCACCCAUGGGAUGCAAUGACACUUACCUCUCAGGCAGAGAGGUUCUGAACCUAACCGAGCACAAGAAGAGAGAUGAUUCGUAUGUCAAGUUCUGGUCAUCUAUUUUCGUUCUUCCUGGAAACGUGAGCGGUUUUCAUCAGAGCACAGUGCGCUGGGACCAGCAGGAAUGCAAAACGGAGUUGAUUAAGACGUUCCCAGCAACACAACUUCCUCAAUACUUCAGCUACAACGGAACGGUCAGCAUCGGCCAUCGCCUCUGCGAGCAAUGGAUAUGGAAGACUGGGGGUCACAAUGCAGGACAACCAACCUCCCUUUCUUCCUACUACCUGUCUAACCAGACAAAUGCGAAGCAAAAGCGAUCUGCUGAGGUCAGCGGUGAUGACGCAGAUCCCGUUGUGCCAGUGAUGAUAGAGACCUUUGACAAUUCCGGUCCCGUGGGUAAGACUUCACAGCAUCUUGUUUUGAACAUCACUUCCUUUCUGAUUGGCGAAGUAGACGAGGAGCUGCUAGAGCUGCCAAGCUUUUGUUAGCGGAAAACAUUUCAACGAAUUGGAAAAAUGUAGCCGGCUGAUACCAACUGAUCGAAAACAGUUGAUACCAAUAGACUUGUAAACCUUAGUAUAUAGGGAACAGUAAUUAAUGUCAUUAAUCGCUUCAACCAAAACGAUGACGGCUUUAAAGUGCUUUAUUCUAAUAGUAUUUGAACUUAGUUGUGUUGAGUUGUAACUAGUACUAUACAGUACGAUAAAGGGUUUAUCUUCAACGAAACGUUCGUUGUCUCUUUUCUUAUAUAUAAUCAAUCCUUUUUGUCACGCUGUUUUCAAAGAUGAUUGCAUGCGAUUAUUUGCUGUCAGUUUUCACCGCUUGCUUCACGUGAUCAGCAACUCUGUAAUGUUCGAAAAUAUUCGAAGAAUCUCCAGCCACAUUGCUUUUUAACGAAGGCUCUUCUCUCCACCAUGAAUUCUUUGAAGUAGGUGAAAAUUUUCUGUUUAACAGUCACGGCAAUGGUGAAUUCCUUUAGGGAGACGCUUGUGCCCUUAAGUUGAGCCAUAUAGAUGUGAAUUAACUUCAGAAAUUUGCCCCCACCCCCUACAACACAGUGUAGUUUGACUGAAGCCGACAUCUAAUUCAAGCGGUUGAUACUUUUUUGGUUUGCAAACGUCGCGUUACAACCCACAUGUGAUCAGUUUGGUCGGCUUACUCUGCCGAGGAAGUCUCUAGGUAUCGGGUCAAGAUGAUCAAGACAUACACCUAUCUCCACCCCUCCGACCAACUCGACAAAUUACCGUAACGAGCUAAAAAUAGACAAAUAAAGUGACCUACAUCAAUUGAUUGCGUGACUUGACUGAUUGAAUCGUUAGGCCAUUUAUCUGAUUUAUGCUCAUUAUAGUUAUAGGUGCAGUGUGUCAUAAAUACAUGCAGAACUUUUAAGAACUCGUUCGCUUAUUGAAUUUAGUUCGGCGAGCUUCAUCCUUUUCUUUUCAAGGGAAUGUCUCAUAAAAUGAAAUUCCAUUUGCCCUUCGUUCUCUUCUUCUACCUGUUACAUUGUUCUUUUGGGAAUGUAACAGAAGAGCCAGACGAGUUUUGUGACGAGGGUCCCCCGGGAAAGUAUUGUUUGCGAGAUCUGUCCGGUUGGCAUGACUGUUUCGUGGAAUCGUCGACUGGCAAAAUGGUGGACAAAAUCUACUCAUGUCCUGCCAACACCCGAUGUGCUUGUUUUUACGGUCCCGCGUGCCCAGACUCACUCGAUGACCCUUGCCAGCCCUACGAGCUGCCACCUACCAUCCCGACUGUAUAUACUGUGUACUUCAGCACCAGGGAGACGAUCUGCUCGCCUGGGGGAUGCCACGACACUUACUCCUCAGGCAGAGAGGUUCUGAAGCUAGCCGAGCACAAGAAGAGAGUUGAUUUGUAUGACAAGUUCUGGUCAUCCAUUUUCGUUCUUCCUGUAAAUGGGAGCGUUUUUAAUCAGACCACAGUGGACUGGGAUAAGGAGAAAUGCGAAACGUGGUUAAUAAAGGCAUUCCCAGAAACACAAAUUCGUCCAUACUAUAGCUACAACGGAACGGUCAGCAUCGGCUAUCGCCUGUGCGAGCAAUGGAUAUGGAAGACUGGGGGACACAAUGCAGGACAACCAACCUCCUUUUCUUCCUACUACCUGUCUAACCAGACAAAUAUGGAGCAAAAGCGAUACGCUGAGGUCAGCGGUGAUUAUGAUGCACUUUACGUUGUGCCCGUGAUGAUGGAGACCUUCGACAUUCCCGCUCCCUCUCCCGUGGGUAUGACUUCACGACAUUAUGUUUUGAACAUCACUUCCUUUCUGAAUGGCGAAGUAGACGAGGAGCUGCUGAAGCUGCCAAGCUUUUGUUAGCGAAAAAAUUUCAACGAAUAGGAAAAAUGUAGCCGGCUGAACCCAACUGAUCGAAAACAGUUGAUAGCGGAGCUCCGCCCGGCGGCCCGAAAGGCCGUCGAGCAAAGCACCAUACUCAUAUAGGAAAGAAAAGGAAACCCAAAAAUUGAUUUUCUCAUGGUAAUCAUGACUAGCGGCAUUGCUCGUGGGCGCGUAUGCACGACGACAAAGACGAUGGAGUUAGGGCGCUUAUAUGUAGGGCGGUCUUUUUCCACCUUGAUGGAGUCGCGCAAGAUGGCGGCCAUACUCCAGCUAAUAGGUUGAGAGAGACAUGCAACCUUGGUUUAUUACGUACUUCUUUGAGACUGGACAUCCAUGUUAUAGUCAAUUGACACCUUUUAAAACAAGGUUUCCGCUGACAGUUAUUACGUGACCAAAUCGUAGGCUCAAGUUUAGAACUCAUGCUUUUUUGAAGUUGAGCGCUGACUAGGUGUUGGUUUUCGACUGGAUCGCGAGAUCAUGUCAUUUAACUUGUUGUAUACAGGGCCGGGUUGUUCGGAAGCCGGUUAACGCCAACCCAGGAUUAAAAGUUAAUC